AUGAAGGGCUUUCGGCAGCGGGUUCAAGAACAGCUCUCGAGAGCGAAAGAUGGGAACAAGCUCAACAAGAACAAGAAGGACAACAACUCGGGCGCCGUGUCUCCAAAUGUCGGUUCCUCGCAGUCGCCGGCAGGUUCUGCGCAUGCCACACCGACCUCAUCCACAAGUAAUCUUGUCGACUCGCGUAACAAGCCCUUGCCGAGCGAGACCCCAAAUGCCACUCACGUAUCAACAGCUCCAGUCGCGCAGACAGGUAUAAAUCCUGCACUUAAUCAAGGUCAUUUCCAGCCACACAGCAUAGGUGUAGCACCUGGAGGCGUCACAAAUCAGGGUGCUAUCACUCCCGGUCGACAUGGGCAGCCGAUGCCACCAAGUGUUGUCAUAUCACCGAGCGCUCCUCAUAUUCCUCCUCCUGGUGCCGCCGAGACCAUGCCUCAUGACCUUGCACCUCCGAAGGCUGGUCAAAAGAGUCUGUUGUUUGAUAGAUUACAGACCACGCCGAAAGACACAGUGCCCGAAGGCAUUCGCACGCCCAAAAGACAGCAUUCCUCGCGGUUUGACAUCUCCGACCAGCGACAGCGCGAGCUCGAGAAGCUCCCUGGCUUUCACGAAGUGCCUCCAAACCGGCGGCAAGAGCUGUUCAUGCAAAAGCUGGAUCAGUGCAACAUCAUAUUCGAUUUCAAUGAUGCAUCCGGCGACAUGAAGAGCAAAGAAAUCAAACGAUUGGCUUUGCACGAGCUUUUGGAUUACGUCGCGCAAAACCGACAAGUCAUCUCAGAGCCCAUGUAUCCACGAGUGGUCGAGAUGUUCGCUAAGAAUCUUUUCAGACCAAUUCCGCCGCCGAUUAACCCUCAAGGUGAAGCUUUUGACCCGGAAGAAGACGAGCCAGUUCUGGAAGUGGCGUGGCCGCACAUUCAAGUGGUGUAUGAGUUCUUUCUGCGAUUCAUUGAGAGCCAAGAUUUCAACACCAACUACGCCAAACAGUACAUCGAUCACGGCUUCGUUCUCCAGCUACUUGAGCUGUUUGAUUCUGAAGAUCCCAGAGAACGCGAUUUUCUCAAAACGACACUGCAUCGGAUCUAUGGCAAAUUCCUGAAUUUGCGCUCGUACAUUCGACGCAGCAUCAACAACGUAUUCUUCCAGUUCAUAUACGAGACUGAACGAUUCAAUGGCAUUGCAGAACUCCUCGAAAUCUUGGGCUCCAUUAUCAACGGAUUUGCCUUGCCUCUCAAGGAGGAACACAAGCUGUUCCUCACAAGAGUGCUAAUACCUAUGCAUAAGGUCAAGAGCCUCAGUAUGUAUCAUCCGCAGCUGGCAUACUGUAUUGUCCAAUUUUUGGAAAAAGAUGCAGCUUUGACAGAGGAAGUCGUGCUUGGCCUCCUUCGAUAUUGGCCAAAGGUCAACAGCACAAAGGAGGUCAUGUUCCUCAACGAAGUGGAGGACAUCUUUGAGGUCAUGGAUCCGGCAGAGUUUGCGAAGGUCCAAGAGCCUUUAUUCAAUCAGCUCUCCAAAAGCGUCGCAAGCCCUCAUUUCCAGGUUGCUGAGCGAGCAUUGUACUUCUGGAACAACGAGUAUUUUUGCAAUCUGGUGAGCGACAAUGUCGAUGUCAUUCUUCCCAUCAUGUUCGCGCCACUGUAUGAGAACUCUAAAGGGCAUUGGAACAGAACGAUACAUGGAAUGGUAUACAAUGCCAUGAAGCUCUUCAUGGAGGUCAAUCCACAAUUGUUCGAUGAAUGCUCGCAUGAGUACACCGAGCAACAAAACAACGCGGAUGCCAUCAAGGCCAAUCGACAGGCUAAAUGGGACCGCUUGACUCAGCUGGCCGCAUCCAUGAAGUCGAAUGGUCAUGCUUCCAACAACACUCGGCCCCCUCAAGGGAACAAAGGAAAGACGCCUCUACGAGUCGAUGACGGCGACCCAAUUCCAAUGGACCGACUACGGUUACAAGACGAGCGAAGGUCGGACAGACCAACGAAUUCUGUACGUUGA